CCGAGUUUGCGUCUACACAAAUACGCGUUAUGUAUAAAUAUGAAGACCGCUGGCAACAAAUCCUACUUACAAUUUUCCACGAAUUAUGGGUUCGCCAACUCUUGCUGCUCGAGGAGGUGGUAUUCACAGAGGAAGUAGCCGUGGGGGAAUCGCUUUGGAAAGAAGCCACCAUAUCCUACGGCCUUCCUCUUCAACCACCUCUCAAGCUAUAGAAUCUGAUCUACCAGCCUCAUCUGCUGCAAAGCUUCUUGUACAGCCUGCCAUUAUAGCAUUUAAUGCUGCCCAUCCCAAUGACGGCGAGGGUAUUCUAUGGGACAUCUGGAAUAGUGUAGUCGACGAUGUAUCACAGACGCCAACCCAAGACCUCAGCAGGGUUGUUGAGGUCCUUGCUGCUGUGGCAGACUUGACGGAACCAGCUUCGUUUGAGAUUUGGGGCGACCGGACUACAUGGAAGCAACUCCCAUUACUUGGACCUGUUAUCCGGGAGCGUUGGGAUGAUGAGCAACAAUCUCAAGCAGUAAAAAUCAAUACGUUUGCUGCUCGUCUUACCGCUGCUGGUGUGCUCGAUCUCUCCCUCUACGCGAUUUGGACACUUCGUUCUGUUUUAGAGGAUUCAGAGCCUGGCCAAGUAUGCAACGAAAACAAGGACGAGCAUUGCAAGGCAGCUGCAGCAUGGUUCAUCUAUGCUGGUGAUGUCCUAUACACGCUUUGUAGGGAGGAGAAGCAAUAUGACGGUCGCGCUGCCAGACAGGGCAAAAACGUUAUAGGAGAAAGCUGGAAUGGGUAUAACGAACAAAGAUGGAGGCUUUGGGUUGAAAGAUUAGAGAAGAUCCAAGAUGAUGUUGCAUGUACCGAAACAAAGGCAGUCUUAGAGGAAGCAUUGAAUUCGAUUAAGCAAGUUGGUCCUGUUUAGAGGCCGUUGUUUGUAGUAAAUUUACGAGUUUAUGGACUUUUCAGAUUAAGAAUAACGUAAC